CGAAAGAGGAAAGAAUGGUAUAUUGGCAUAAGAUCGGUGGCUUGAGACGUAGACGUCAGCUAGGCGGGGGGUAAUAAAAACUCCCAUUCAUCCCAAGGAGGGGCAUAAUUGGCUUGACCACAUCUUGAAACCUCUAUCUGUGUGGUAAUAAUGUACUUCUGCAUUUAGCGUUUGGUGAAUUCCAGUCCCACUGAAAUAAUGGGUUAGAAAACCCUCCACCGACUUUACAAAGCACAGACUUUCUUUUCAAAACAAAACUGAUUAAAUACUUUACAUAAGCCAUAAUUAAUGGUGCAAUGAUUGAGUCCAACAUGAGUCGGAGUUGCGCGUGGUGCGCUGGAGGAGGUGACGGGACCAGCGCGCAUUUGGAUGAGAAUCACUCAGAACACAGUCUGAGUCCGACGGGACACUUGGUGGUCGCGGUGUGCCUUGGAUUCAUCGGAACUUUCGGGUUUCUCAACAACACGCUCGUUCUCAUUCUGUUCUGUCGCUACAAAGUGCUGCGCUCGCCCAUGAACUGUCUUCUGGUGAGCAUCGCAGUCAGUGAUCUGCUGGUGUGCGUCCUCGGCACUCCGUUCAGCUUUGCCGCCAGUACGCAGGGACGGUGGCUCAUCGGACGCGCGGGAUGCGUGUGGUAUGGCUUCAUCAAUUCAUGCCUGGGCGUCGUGUCUCUAAUCUCCCUGGCGGUGCUCUCUUACGAGCGCUACUGCACCAUGAUGGGGGCCACGCAGGCCGACUCUACCAAUUACAGAAAGGUGGCCAUGGGUAUUGCCUUCUCCUGGAUGUAUUCCAUGGUUUGGACUCUUCCUCCUCUGUUUGGAUGGAGCUGCUACGGUCCCGAGGGUCCCGGCACCACCUGCAGUGUCAACUGGGCCGCCAGGACGGCCAACAACGUGUCUUACAUUGUCUGUCUGUUUUUCUUCUGCCUUAUUCUCCCUUUUAUCGUGAUUGUCUACAGCUAUGGCAGACUCCUUCAGGCUAUCACACAGGUGAGCCGGAUCAAUACGGUGGUCAGUCGUAAACGGGAGCAGCGUGUGCUCUUCAUGGUGGUCACCAUGGUGGUGUGUUACCUGCUGUGUUGGCUGCCCUACGGGAUUAUGGCCCUGCUAGCCACAUUUGGGCGGCCCGGCCUGGUCACACCAGCAGCCAGCAUUGUUCCUUCCCUGUUAGCCAAGACCAGCACCGUCAUAAACCCCAUCAUCUACAUCUUCAUGAACAAACAGUUUUGCAGAUGUUUCCAUGCGCUCGUCAUGUGCACCACCCCAGAGAGAGGCUCCAGCUUUAAAAACUCCUCCAAAGUCACCAAAACUCUCAGGACAGUGCGACGCGCCAAUGGCCAGAAUGUGACCUUCGCGGUGGCCUCGGCUGGCCAUCCUACUAUCUGUGCCCCAAACAGCGGAGGGCAGAAAAGUUCCUCAGAGUGUGAGAAACCCUCUCCUGCUGUGGGCCAGGGCACCAGCAGACCUGUUGUCUCUCUUGUGGCGUAUUACAAUGGUUGAGCUCAAACAGUCAGGCCAAACCAGCACUAAUACAAUGAAAUCAGAGGUGACGGAGGUCACGGAGUGUCUUGGAAUAUGGAACUAGGACACGCCCCUCACUGACAAUCAUGUCAUGUUGCAUGCAUGACCUUUCUGGGGGGAAAAAAACUAAGAAUGGAUAUUGAAAGUGAACAGCUGGAGAAAGGGAUGACACUACUCUAGAACAAGUAGGAAACACGCACAUGGAUCUAAUUUGAUAAUUUAUUUGAUGUUUCUUCAGUCCUGGAUGUAAAUGUGCUCUCAGAUUUUGGUGAGGUGAAACUGAUGAGCUUGUUUGUUUCUGAUAUUUUACUUUAACAAGGACUCUUUCACUACCAGUUCCUUCCUGUGGUUGGACAACAAGUUUAGCACAGAUGUGAUACUUUUCUUACUCUUCUUGUAAGUCUGCUCAUCAUGUGGACAUGUAUAAGUACAGUAAGCACAUGAAGCCCUGAAGCCUAUAUGUUGCUGAAAUUUAAAGGGGUCAUAUCGUUUUCCUUGAUCUUUUGAAAUACAGUAAUAGAGUUUCAUAACUUCCUCCUCAAUCCAAAAACAGCAUCUGUUAAAUAUUGAACAUUCUGAAGUAGGGGUGUAACGGUACACGAACAUGACGGUUACGUACCUCGGUAUUGAAGUCACGGUUCGGUACGGAUUUGGUACCUCAGGGGGAGAUAACUAAACAUAAAAUUGCUUCUUUUUUCUUCCUUUUUAUUUAACAGUGGUUUAUUGAAUAAGUUGAUUCUCACUCUUUAAAUAAAUUCAAUAUUAAUUAACAUUUUCUUAAGGAUAAAAAAAUCUUAUCUCAGCUAAUGCUGUAUUCUAGAAAAACGUACCUGUACCUUACACAGUUACUGUUAUAACUUGUUUUCAUGACAAAUUUAUUUAAACAUAUUAAAUAAUUAAGACAUUACUAACAGGUAAAGUAAAUAUAAUGAAUAUACAAGCUAAUAUAGUGCAUAUAUUUAGUGAAAUGUUUCCCUUUAGAGUUCAUUUCUCCAGUGAACUAACUUGCUGUGGACACUAAAUGACUUGCCUGAGGUAAAUGUUAUGCUACAUGAGAUAUUAUUCUCAAGCUGUUUUAUUGAUGUCUUUCCCUGGUUGAAACACUGGUUGAGAGAUUACAAGUAAACUUGUCUAUGGAUAUCCAUAGAUCAUCUGUUCUUAUUCUUCUGCGCUUUUUCCUGUUGUGGCGGUUAGCAAACAGCGUUGCAUUACCACAUGCGCACCCUUCUGUAUUGGAGUGUGAAUCGCUUGUGACUGACUGUAUUCGUCUUUUGACUGCAUGCACCGUGUACCAUGGCGUCCGUACCAUGAUGGUUUGGGAUGAAUACAUGUACCAUUACACCCCUAUUCUGAAGUAAUUAUGCUAUCAAAAUUCCAAAUACAUGUCCACAUUUACACAUCAACAAUUAAUUUUUAUUGUUGCGCGUUUAAAGUCACCAUGGAACGGAAGUUGCAAUAGUCUUUUCUUUUCUAUUUUGACAUAUAUCCUAUUGAAUCUACUUCCUGAACAAGAAAAAAUGUAGGGCGGGACGUUGGAUAGUUGUGGUUUGCUAUUGGACGAUCUCAUGUGAGUGACAGGUUGUCCCGCCCUCGUGCCAGUAAACACAUCAUCAGAGAAGAGAAGAGAUGUUGCAGAAGUUAUUUUAAUUAAGGAUUACAAGGGCAUGUAUAUUUAAAAAAUAAUAAUAAUGAUGUGCACAAAAAUAAAUGAUGUCUUAUUUUUAUUCCACAGAAAUAAGAAUUGUCAGUUGUCUUUAGACUUUAAGUGUAAUUAAACUUUAUUUCUAUAAAGUAACCCUGAUCGCAUCAGUCAGUUCACGCAGCUCAUUUCAGCUGGAUUUGUUUAAUGAUAAUCCUCAAAAUGUUAGAAGACACUGAGGUGUAAGAAACCUUGACUACCAUUAUUAAUGGACCUCAGGGAAAAGUGUUAAAAUUGUAUCAUAUGACCCCUUUAAAAUUAAAAUGCAAUAGUCUACAUGAAAUCUAUUUUAACAUAUGUUGUGUAACAUGUAAAACUGCUUAACAAUUGAAAACAGUCCGAGAAUAGUCCUCUGUAGCCUUGCCAUCAUAUUUCCAGGUUUAAAUAAGCAAAUCAUUCAUUUUAAGUACGCAAUUUCCUUGGCAUGUUAUGUGAAAUUGGUUGCAACCACCCAUCACAUGAAAUCUCUUCAUCGUACUGUUUACCAAUACACAGAGAAUAAUAAUAAUUAAAUGCCAAAAAGCUUUCAUAAACCAUAAUGUAUUGUAAAGCAAUGAUGCCUUGAAGCCAAAACAUGACAAUGGUAUUCAGUUCAACUUAUUUACAGUUAUUUAUAGCACUUAUAUGUUUUCGGUUUCAUUUAUUUUGAUUCUGGUAGUUAGGUUUUGUAAUCAAUAUUUAAAUUAGUUUGGCAUCAAAGGGACAGGAAAUGAGCAGGCUGUUGACUCCUCAAGACUUGAAUAAUGAGGGGUCCCAAGUGGGGCUGUGACUGUUCUAAUCAGCUGAUCCGUGUUUACUAAUGCAGCAACAUUCACAUCAGACAAGGAAAAGGAUGAUUUAUUUCUAUUAUAAGAGAAAUAAAUCACAUGUAGCUAAGAUUUUGAACUCUGAAGCAGAUUUGAAUGAUGUAGAUAUUUUUUAUGACUUCUUAAAAGCAUUUCUGACUGCAAGUGUUUUGUGUUUUAGUAUCAAGUUUUUACUGAUCAGUUUCAUUUGCCAUGUUUUGUAUAUAUUCAGUACUUUCUUGCUAAGGUCACACUAGAAAUUCAAUGUAAAAUGAUACACUACUAUUCAAAAGUUUGAGGGCAGUAGGUUUUUAAUACUUUAAUUUCACAAGGAUGCAUUAGUAAAAAGUUUAAUAGUGACAGUAAAGACUUUUAGAUUCUUACAAAAGGUAGUAACACUUUACAUUUAGGUCUCAUUUGUUAAAGGAUUAGUUCACUUCAAAAUGAAAAUUACCCCAAGCUUUACUCACCCUCAAGCCAUCCUAGG